UUUUUGUAUCAAUGCAGUCGUUGCAGACGCAUUGCACAUCUGUAUUGAUUCGAUAAAUAUAUAUAAAUUAGGAUGUUUAAUUCUUACAAUAUUUUUUAAUUUUUUGUUGAACCUUUCUGACACGUUGUUGAUCCGACCAUAGCCUUCUUUUGUGACGUUGUAAACGUUCCACAUGUGUGGUAAAAAUAUUGGUGGAUGUCGUAGAAAGCGAGUUGUACCGUACCUACUCCGUUAUUGUGGAUUUGUAAGUUCCGUUGACAAUCAUCAUCCAAGUUAUAUGAUGUAGAAAAUAUUCCAAGUUGUUCGACGAGCAGUAAGCCAGAAUCAGAAAAUAUUUCAGAUACAUUUGAUUUUUCUGAUGAAGAUGAUGCACUUGAUUUAGAAAGUUGUAGCUCAAGUGAUGAAGAAUUUGAUGAAAACUUUACAAAUAAUAUGAGUACAGAAGUGGGCUCUAUUCGAAAUAAACUAGCAGAAUGGAGUAUAAAACACCGAAUAACACAUGCUGCAAUUUCUGAUUUGUUGGUAAUUCUUAAGUCUUCAUAUGAUUCUUCUCUUCCAAUAGACGCCAGAACCUUAUUGAAAACUGAUAUUUCUAAUAGUAAAAUCAUACUUAAAGAAGUACCUCCCGGUUUUUACUACCAUUUUGGUAUAAAAAGUGGUAUAAAAAAUCAUUACGAUUUCACGGAUGAUAGUAAUGGCGUUAUUAAAUUAGUUGUGGGUAUUGACGGGCUGCCGUUAACAAAAAGUUCAAAAAGUACUUUUUGGCCGAUAUUAUGCUACAUAAGGCCACAUUCCCAAGUUGUAUUUCCUGUCGGUAUAUACUGGGGAAAUGAAAAACCAACAGAAAGUAAUGUAUUCAUGCACGAUUUUGUUCUGGAAAUUAGUGAUUUAAUUACAAAUGGAAUAGAAGUACAAAAUAAAAAAGGCAUUUUGUACAAGUUAAAAGUUAUAAUGGAUGUAUUUGUAUGUGACGUACCGGCCAAAUCAUAUAUUCUGAAAACAAAAAGUCACAGUGGGUUUUUUUCAUGUUCGAGGUGUUUUGUUGAAGGAAAUUAUACAGGACACAGAGUGUGUUUUCCAGAUCUUAACUGUACAAAAAGAACUCAUGAGAACUUUAUAACUAAACAAAAUGAAGAACAUCAUAUUGGAAUGUCUCUUUCUAUUAUUACAGACAUACCCGGCAUAGAUAUUAUUAAAUCAUUUAGUCUUGACUACAUGCAUCUCAUCUGUCUCGGUGUUAUGAAAAAAAUGAUAAACCUGUGGUUAAAAGGUCCACUAAUUAAUCGUAUUGGCAGCAGAAAAAGCACAGAAUUGAGUAUUUUAUUAUUAAGUAUGAAACAAUAUACACCUGUUGAUUUUCAACGAAAACCACGGGGUUUGGAUGAAUUCAACCGAUGGAAAGCCACUGAGCUGAGAAUGUUUUUAUUAUACUUUGGUCCUGUCGUAUUAAAGUAUAUUAUAAAUAAAAAAUGUUACUUGAAUUUUCUAUGUUUGCAUGUUAGCAUGAGAUUACUUUUAACUCCAAAUAUAAGUGAUCGGUAUUUAACAUUUUGUAGAGAGCUACUAAACUAUUUUAUCAAAACGUUUAGUAAGAUAUAUGGUGAACAAUUUAUUUCUCAUAAUAUUCAUGCAUUGGAACAUAUCUGUGAUGAUUACAUUAAUUUUGGGCCAUUAGAUAACUGUAGUGCAUUUCCCUUUGAGAAUCACAUGUCAGUAUUAAAAAAAUAUUUAAGGAAAAGUCAUCAACCACUACAACAAGCUGUUAAACGUUAUAAUGAAGAAACUAAGUAUUUGAAUACUCAAAAUUCAAAUGUAUUUAAUAAAGAUUCAUUUUUAUUUAAACAACCUCACCAUGAUGGCCCAUUACCAAUACCAUUAAUGUCUAAAAAUGUCAAUCAAUAUAAAAUAGUAAAAUUGAAAAACAUGGAAAUAAGAUGUAAUGAAAAAGAUUGUUAUGUACAGACAGUUGAAAAAACCGUUUUCAAAGUAGUAAAUAUAAUCAAAAAUAUAGAAGACACUAAAAAUGAAUGUAUUUUAAUAGGAUAUACUUUUUAUGAUACAUCUUUAUUUUAUAAUCAACCUAUUUCAAGUUCAAAACUGGGAAUAGUUUCAAUAACUAAUAGCUAUUGUGAUAAUUUGAUACAAUUGCCAAUUACACAAAUUGUAUGCAAAUUUAUUUUUCUUAAAACUUUAGAUGAUAAGCAGUCAGCUAUUGUAAUACCAAUAUUACAUACACUAUAA